AUGCGCACCACAGAACUGAAUUACCGCGGGUUAUCAGAGCCAAUUGCUCAAGAAAUUGAGGACAUCUAUGGUCUGAAUGGUCAAAUAGAACACAAAAUAGCCUUCCUGAGAGCUCACGUGCCAAAGGAUGUGAAGAUUAUACUCAUUGGCCAUUCCAUAGGCAGCUGCAUUUCCCUUCGGGUCAUGAAGCAUGCUCCUGAGCUGUCUGAGUGCAUCUCCUCCAUAACAGAACCGAAUAAACUCAGAUAUUCUGCCAGCUGUGAAGCUGUCCAGACUCCCUGUGAUGAUCUGCGCUAUACGGUGCCUUCCCGGCCCCGACAAGUCAGCCGUGCCAAGAGCCAGCUUCUCGCCUAUUCUGAAGACCUGUGUGUCCACAUCCCAGCUCUCCUGUGGAAUGUGACCAUUGCUGAAUGUAGCAUGGCCAAGCUAGCCACAGCUGAGACUAAUGCUGCCUACCUCGGGAGCCAGGAAAUGAUACAUGUGCGGAAGAGAGAUGAUGAAAUCAUAAAGGAACACUUACCUAAGCUGACAUUUUACUAUGGUAAGACAGAUGGCUGGUGUCCAGUAAAGUACUAUGAAGACAUGAAGAAAGAUUUUCCAGAAGGCGAUAUCCGACUCUGUGAGAAAGGAAUAUCCCAUGCCUUUGUCCUUGGUUUCAGCCAGGAGGUGGCUGCCAUCGUUGCUGACUGGAUGAAUCAUAAACUGCCCAAAAUAUAAAAACUGGCCCUGGGAAGACGCACCUACAGCUGAUAACGUGGGAGCUGUAGGUGUGUUCUGCUUACGGGUGAAUGUUUAAUCUUAACGCUUGAAUAGGAAACAAGAAACCCUGUCGGCUUACAGACCACCAUCUCCCUGUGCCGAGACUAAAGUGAACACAGUUGAUGACUCAUUCCACAUGUUCCCUGACUCAGGACCUCCACAGUGAUCUCCACAAAGAUUCCUCUUUUUACAAGGAGCCCGACAGAGCUGUACAGUGCAGUUUGCCCAACAGGAUCCUGACAAGCCCAAGACAAUGUACAUGUAGGUGAUUCCAAGUGAAUCCUUACUUUAGAAUCGAUUGUCCUGGAUGAAAUGAUGAAACACUGACUAGAAAAUGAAAACCCACCCAUGAGUGUGAAGUGUGCAGUCAGGUGUGUAAAAUGUGUAAGCCUGAGAAGAGCACCCCUGCCCUUCCAGCUGCAGGGAGGAAUGAGCAGGGACGCUGGCAGUGAGCUUGGUUUCCCUGAGGGGCGGGGGAAAUCAAGUCAGAUGUUGUAUGGGUCUUGGCUGAGGUCAUCAGCAUGUCUUCCUGCUCCUGCUGCAGUAAACCGAGAAUCAAGGUUGCCUGGCAUUCGUCAACUAACUAGACAGAGCUGCUGAAGGAUCCUGACUCUGACCUGCCACAGGAUGGCCAGAUGGCUAGCAGGCUCCACCUGAGCCCUAAAAUGCCAGGUCCCUGCAGGCUCCUCCUGAGCAAGAAGAGAGGGAUGGACUGUCCACAUCUGGUGUGUAUGACUGUGGAGUGGCUCAUCGCUGUGAUUCCUCCAGUGAAGCUCCAUGGACAGGAAGCUGUGAACUGAUGCCUUUCAUGAUGCCGUUCGUUCCCCUAUGAUUCUUCCCUUCUGAAAAUCUAGAACAUACUUUUUGGAAAGAUGUUUUAAAUUGUUGAGUAAAACAUUAGCAUAAAUUUAUUUCCCAUUUGCCCAGACUUUAUUGACCGGAAAGAUAUUAUUUUGUGAAUGAACAGAAGUAAUCCAUUGAAUUUCGUGUUACUUCACCUCUGAAAGCAUAUUCUUGACUGAGAAGUGGCGGACCAGCUAGGCUGCCUUCCCUUAAUUGACUCAGUCCUAAGAUCCCAGAGUCCAGUAAGCCCCACGGUCUGUAGUGACAGCUGACGCCCGUUGGAAACAUUCCAUUUCCUCCUAGAGGAAAGUUCCCAUAGCUGUGUCAUUCCUCAGGGGCAGUGAGAUGGUCCUUCCUCUCACAAACCUAAGAUGCUGAUGGAAGAUUUGGUUGUGAUGUGCCACCCGCUCAGUGGUGAGUGAAGAAAGUUCCCGGCCUCUGCAUGGCUUCUGCCUCUGAGCUCUAACUUCUCAGAGGGGAGGAGCCAAACUCCAGACAAGGAGGGUUCUUAGACCAUGGAGAAGACCGUUAGCCACACAGUAAGGGUUGGUGCUACACACAGUCCUCACUGGCACCUGCACACUGAGGCCUUCUGGAGAGCCGACUGGGAAGCCAGGAUUCAUGCUCUGAGUACCUUGCUCAGAGGACAGGUCCAGUCAGUGGAAAAUCAGUGCACAGAAACAAGUGCUGGUAAAUCAGACCUGCCGGAACAAAACAGCAUUCAUUGAUGGCUUCCAGAAAUCACUCUGUGUCUUCCAAACUCUACUUAAAAGACCCUGGUGCCUCAUUCCUGUUCCCCAUCUAAUCACCUAAUGAUAUUUAUAAUAAAUGUUUUACCUGCGGUUC